CUAUCCCAUGGGCUAUGCUCUACUGAGCUAUGGGGUUUGCCCUCCUUUGCAGUCACCAUGAGAUCUGUCUAGCUGACAUCCCCAGUUGCUCUUUGGUAAUGCCUCUUUUUAAGGAAAGCUGUGUUCAACAGCCAAAGGGACAGAGAAAUGAGGCAAUCUUUCUUUCUUCUUCUUUUUUUUUCCCCUCAGGCUGGGCGUUGAAAUUUCAGGCUCACAUAUACGUUAUAUGAGUUCUUCUAUGCAUCAACAGCCCCAGCAAAAUGAGCCAGUUUUAAAUUGCAGAAGCUGAGGCAUGGGAGGGACUCUAGGAUUUAGAGCUGUGGCGCCUAAAGAGGAAUAGAAGACAGAUGAUAUGCAAAGACAAAGAAAGAGAGGAAGUUGCUUAGGAGUUUCGUGAGAUUUUUAUGUGCUUCUUAUAAGGUGCUUUGCCUAUCAUCUAAAACUGUGAGUCAGGAAUUUGAAGGAAAACCAUGUUUAGGAAAACCCAAAAAUACAUGUCUAGAGUUAUGAUCCCUGCCAGGUUUGGCAAUUUCUAAACACUUGACCCUACACCAAUACUUGGCUCCAUAGCUUCUUAAGCGACUCUAUGAUAAAAAAAAAAAUAAGAAGUUGCAAAAUACAAUUUUUCAACCCUGACAAUAAAAUAAAUCUAACACCAGAAAAAUCAAAUGGUGUGUUAGCAGACUUCUAACGUCACAUCCUAUCGUGGGCCUGCUCCUCUAAUAGAUAUCAAAGGGUUAGAUCGAGGGUGGGUUCUGUUUAGAAUCAUUCAUACAGAUGAUCAAUGGUCUGUGUCGCUGUCUUGCAUUAAAGCAGGUGGCUAGGGAGAACUUGUGCACGAAAGCAGAGUUCAACAGCUGGUAGUUAGAGGCUCACAGGAAGCGGUGACUUGUGGGUUUGCCUUUCCUUUCUGAUGAGUUAUAUAGACGUAGCGCGAACACUUCCCUUCUUGGGGGAGCAGAGAGAUUUGGUCAACCUGCUUAGUGAAGCCUCGGAAGAAAAAGGUCUAAGAAUAUCGGAACUUUUCAAAUAUUUUAUGACUCAAUAUCAAGGCAUACGAUGAGCUUCCGAGGAAAGGAAUUUUGGAAGAAGAGGCGGACAGUGAAGAGAGUGAACCCAGAAGGAAUCCACAGGGUUAGUGCUCAGGAAAAACCCAGACUUUUGGAGCCUUUGGAUUAUGAAACUGUCAUUGAAGAACUUGAAAAGACCUAUCGGAACGAUCCUCUUCAAGAUCUUCUCUUCUUCCCCAGUGAUGACUUCUCAACAGCCACGGUUCCUUGGGAUAUCCGAACGCUGUAUUCAACGGUACCGGAAGAGGCAGAGCACAAAGCAGAGAGUUUGCUGGUAAAAGAGGCUUGUAAAUUCUACAGUUCCCAGUGGUACGUGGUAAACUACAAAUAUGAACAAUAUUCUGGAGACAUUCGACAGUUAUCCCGAGCCGAACACAAGCCAGAGAAGCUUCCUUCACAUUCCUUUGAGGUUGACCAUGAAGAUGCUGAUAAGGACGAAGAUACCACAUCCCACUCAUCUUCCAAGGGCGGUGGAGGAACCGGAGGCACGGGCGUGUUCAAGUCAGGCUGGCUCUACAAGGGGAAUUUCAACAGCACUGUGAACAACACUGUCACGGUCCGGUCAUUCAAAAAGCGCUACUUCCAGCUGACUCAGCUGCCAGAUAACUCCUACAUUAUGAACUUUUACAAAGAUGAAAAGAUAUCCAAAGAACCCAAAGGCUGCAUCUUUUUGGAUUCCUGCACAGGUGUGAUACAGAAUAACAGGCUGAGGAAAUAUGCCUUUGAAUUGAAAAUGAACGACCUGACCUAUUUUGUGCUGGCAGCUGAAACCGAGUCAGAUAUGGACGAGUGGAUUCACACACUCAACCGCAUCCUGCAGAUCAGUCCUGAGGGGCCACUCCAGGGAAGGAAGAGCGCAGAGCUUGCUGAGCUGGGGCUGGAUCCAUUGGAUAAUUCUGUGACUUGUGAAUGUACACUGGAGGAAACAGAUUCUUCAGAGAACAGCCUACAUCCUGACUUUGCAAAAUACCUCACAGAAACUGAGGACACGGUCAAAACAACGCGAAACAUGGACAGGCUCAAUCUGUUCUCACUGGACCCAGACAUAGACACACUGAAGCUUCAAAAAAGGGACCUUUUUGAACAUGAGUUUGGGAUCAAACCCUUUGAAGAGAAAGCUGCCAAGAGGAUCAUGAUCAUCUGUAGAGCUCUCAACUUGAAUCUUCAGGGAUGUGUUACAGAGAACGAAAAUGACCCUGUAACCAAUAUUGAGCCUUUUUUUGUGAGUGUGGCGCUUUAUGACCUCAGAGAUAGCCGGAAGAUCUCCGCCGAUUUCCACGUGGAUCUGAAUCACCCUGCUGUCCGGCAGAUGCUCUCCGCGACGCCACCGGCCUUGGAAAACGGCAGCAUGGACACUGGGGGCACACCAAGACAAUCAGAAGAACCUCACAUAAAGGGCAUUCCAGAGGAGUGGUUAAAAUUCCCAAAGCAGGCUAUAUUCUCUGUGAGUGAUCCACACUCUGAAAUUGUUUUGGUGGCCAAAGUCGAAAAAGUCUUAAUGGGAAACAUUGGAAGUGGUGCAGAACCUUAUAUUAAGAACCCAGAUUCCAACAAGUUUGCACAAAAAAUACUCAAAUCCAAUAGGCAGUUCUGCAGCAAAUUGGGGAAAUAUCGGAUGCCAUUUGCUUGGGCCGUGAGAUCUGUAUUUAAGGACAACCAGGGAAACGUGGACAGAGACUCAAGAUUUUCUCCAUUGUAUAGACAAGAAAGUAGCAAGAUUUCAGCUGAGGACCUGCUUAAACUGGUAUCGGACUACAGACGAGCUGACCGGACAGGCAAAAUGCAGACCAUCCCUGGAAGCCUGGACAUUGUUGUGGACAACAUUCCCUUGGAGCAGCCAAACUGUGUAACAUCGUCCUUUAUUCCUGUCAAGCCUUUCAACGUGAUGGCUCAGUCAGAACCUACAGUGGAGGUGGAAGAAUUGAUUUAUGACUCAACAAAGCAUUGCCGACCAUACAGAGUAUACAAAAAUCAAAUUUAUGUCUACCCCAAACACCUCAAGUACGAUAGCCAGAAAUGCUUCAACAAGGCACGAAAUAUAACUGUGUGCAUUGAAUUCAAAAAUUCUGAUGAAGACGGUUCCAAGGCCGUGAAGUGUAUUUAUGGAAAACCUGGAGGGCCGCUCUUCACUUCAGCUGCCUACACAGCUGUACUGCACCAUUCUCAAAACCCAGAUUUUUCUGAUGAGGUGAAAAUUGAGCUACCAACACAACUUCAUGAAAAACACCAUCUUUUAUUUUCUUUUUAUCACAUCACAUGUGACAUCAAUGCCAAAGCUAACGCCAAAAAGAAAGAGGCUCUGGAGACUUCAGUGGGAUAUGCUUGGCUUCCUCUGGUGAAACAUGAUCAAAUAGCUUCUCAGGAGUAUAAUAUCCCAAUAACAACCACCCUGCCUCCAAAUUAUUUAAGCAUUCAAGAUUCUGCAAGUGGAAAGCAUGGCGGAAGCGACAUUAAAUGGGUCGAUGGUGGCAAACCACUUUUCAAAGUGUCAACGUUUGUUGUAUCAACAGUGAACACUCAGGACCCACAUGUGAAUGCAUUUUUCCAUCAGUGCCAAAAGAGAGAAAAAGACAUGUCUCAGUCACCUACCUCGAGUUUUGUCCGUGCUUGUAAGAACUUACUGAAUGUGGACAAGAUCCACUCAAUCAUCAGCCUCCUGCCUAUCAUCCUGAAUCAGCUCUUCAAAAUUCUAGUGCAGAAUGAGGAAGAAGAAAUCACUGCGACCGUCACCAGGGUUCUGGCUGACAUUGUGGCCAAGUGUCAUGAGGAGCAGCUAGACCAUUCGGUCCAGUCAUACAUUAAGUUUGUAUUCAAGACCAGGUCCUACAAAGAGAGAACAAUACAUGAGGAACUGGCUAAAAAUUUGAGUGAUCUUUUGAAGUCAAAUGAUUCAACGAUAGUCAAGCAUGUCCUAAAGCAUUCUUGGUUCUUCUUUGCAAUUAUUCUAAAAUCAAUGGCACAGCACUUGAUUGAUACAAAUAAAAUUCAGCUUCCCAGAGCUCAAAGAUUCCCUGAGUCUUACCAAAGUGAACUCGACAAUCUGGUGAUGGGCCUGUGCGACCAUGUGAUUUGGAAAUACAAGGACGCCAUGGAGGAAACAAAAAGGGCGAACCACAGCGUCGCCAGAUUCCUUAAGCGCUGCUUUACAUUUAUGGACCGGGGAUUCGUGUUUAAGAUGGUGAACAAUUACAUCAGCAUGUUCUCCUCUGGUGAGUUCAAGACUUUAUGCCAGUAUAAAUUUGAUUUUCUUCAAGAAGUUUGUCAACAUGAGCACUUCAUUCCCCUGUGCCUCCCCAUAAGAUCAGCAAACAUCCCAGAUCCUCUGACACCUUCAGAAUCAAUUCAAGAGUUACAUGCCUCAGAUAUGCCUGAAUACUCGGUCACAAAUGAAUUUUGCCGCAAACACUUCUUAAUCGGAAUUCUGCUCCGGGAAGUCGGAUUUGCCCUGCAGGAGGAUCAAGAUAUCAGACACUUAGCUUUGGCUGUCCUAAAAAAUCUAAUGGCUAAACAUUCUUUCGAUGAUCGAUACAGAGAACCCAGGAAGCAGGCACAGAUAGCAAGUCUGUACAUGCCUCUGUAUGGCAUGCUGCUGGACAAUAUGCCAAGAAUCUACCUGAAGGAUCUGUAUCCUUUCACUGUGAAUACGUCCAAUCAGGGAUCUAGAGAUGACUUAAGCACUAAUGGAGGAUUCCAAACCCAGACGUCCAUGAAACAUGCAACUUCUGUGGAUACAUCAUUUUCCAAAGAUGUUUUAAAUUCCAUAGCAGCAUUUUCAUCAAUAGCUAUUUCUACAGUGAACCAUGCAGAUUCCAGAGCAUCCUUAGCAAGCCUCGACUCCAACCCAAGCACCACGGAGAAGAGCAGUGAGAAGACAGACACCUGUGAAAAGAUCCCAAGGCCCUUAUCUUUGAUUGGGUCAACUCUUCGAUUUGACAAAUUAGAUCAAGCAGAAACCAGGAGUCUUCUUAUGUGCUUUCUUCAUAUUAUGAAGACCAUUUCAGUUGAGACUCUGAUUGCCUACUGGCAGAGAGCUCCCAGUCCUGAGGUGUCAGACUUCUUCAGCAUCUUGGAUGUUUGUCUUCAAAAUUUUAGAUACCUGGGAAAACGCAAUAUAAUAAGAAAAAUCGCUGCAGCGUUUAAGUUUGUGCAGUCUACCCAGAACAACGGAACUCUGAAAGGAUCCAAUCCUUCCUGCCAGAACUCAGGUCUCUUGUCACAAUGGAUGCAUACCACUUCUGGUCACGAAGGACAUAAACAGCACCGAUCUCAAACUUUGCCUAUAAUUCGGGGCAAAAAUGCACUUUCCAACCCCAAACUUUUACAGAUGUUGGACAACACCAUGAACAGCAACUCCAAUGAAAUAGACAUUGUCCACCAUGUAGACACUGAGGCCAAUAUAGCCACAGAGGUUUGCCUCACUAUUCUAGACCUGCUGUCUCUCUUCACUCAAGUCCACCAGAGACAACUCCAACAAUCUGACUGUCAAAACUCACUCAUGAAAAGGGUCUUUGAUACUUAUAUGCUGUUUUUCCAAGUCAACCAGUCAGCCACAGCCCUGAAACAUGUGUUUGCUUCUUUGAGACUGUUUGUGUGCAAGUUUCCUUCAGCAUUUUUUCAAGGGCCUGCUGACCUCUGCGGAUCAUUCUGCUAUGAAGUCCUCAAAUGCUGUAACCACAGGUCACGGUCGACUCAGAUGGAGGCCUCAGCCCUUCUGUACUUUUUCAUGAGGAAGAAUUUUGAAUUUAACAAGCAGAAGUCUAUUGUCCGGUCUCACCUACAACUCAUCAAGGCAGUGAGCCAGUUAAUAGCCGAUGCAGGGAUUGGAGGAUCUCGGUUUCAACAUUCCCUUGCAAUUACCAACAAUUUUGCCAAUGGAGAUAAACAGAUGAAAAACAGCAAUUUCCCAGCAGAAGUGAAAGAUCUGACUAAACGUAUAAGGACUGUUUUGAUGGCCACAGCCCAGAUGAAAGAGCAUGAGAAGGACCCUGAGAUGCUGGUGGACCUCCAAUACAGCCUAGCAAACUCCUACGCAAGUACCCCUGAGCUGCGGAGGACCUGGCUGGAGAGCAUGGCCAAGAUUCAUGCAAGAAAUGGAGACCUGUCUGAGGCUGCUAUGUGUUACAUCCAUAUAGCUGCACUCAUCGCAGAAUACCUCAAACGCAAGGGUUACUGGAAAAUGGAAAAGAUUUGCCCACCACCCCUGCUUCCAGAAGACACCCAUCCCUGUGGUAACAACCCAUUACUAACAACUCCAGGUGGAGGAAGCAUGUUCUCUAUGGGAUGGCCAGCUUUUCUGAGCAUCACUCCAAACAUUAAAGAAGAAGGAGCAAUGAAAGAGGAUUCUGGAAUGCAAGAUACACCAUACAAUGAGAAUAUCCUGGUGGAACAGCUAUACAUGUGCGUGGAGUUCCUGUGGAAGUCUGAACGAUACGAACUCAUCGCCGAUGUCAAUAAGCCCAUCAUCGCGGUCUUUGAAAAGCAACGAGACUUCAAAAAACUAUCUGAUCUCUACUACGACAUCCACCGAUCCUAUCUGAAAGUGGCAGAGGUGGUGAAUUCCGAGAAGCGCUUGUUUGGUCGCUACUACAGAGUGGCAUUUUAUGGGCAGGCUGUGGGAUUCUUUGAGGAGGAGGAAGGUAAAGAGUAUAUCUACAAAGAGCCUAAGCUGACAGGUCUCUCAGAGAUUUCCCAAAGACUUCUCAAGCUCUAUGCAGACAAAUUCGGACCAGACAACGUGAAGAUAAUUCAGGACUCCAAUAAGGUAAACCCCAAGGAUCUGGACCCCAAAUAUGCCUAUAUUCAGGUGACCUAUGUCACGCCCUUCUUUGAAGAAAAAGAGAUAGAGGACCGGAAGACAGAUUUUGAGAUGCAUCACAACAUCAAUCGCUUUGUCUUUGAGACACCCUUCACUCUGUCAGGCAAGAAGCAUGGCGGAGUGGCCGAGCAGUGCAAGCGGAGGACUGUCUUGACCACCAGCCACUUGUUCCCCUAUGUGAAGAAGAGGAUCCAGGUCAUCAGCCAGUCGAGUACAGAACUGAAUCCCAUUGAAGUGGCAAUUGAUGAGAUGUCCAGGAAGGUCUCUGAGCUUAAUCAGCUGUGCACAACAGAUGAGGUGGACAUGAUCAGACUACAGCUCAAACUGCAAGGCAGUGUCAGCGUGAAGGUCAAUGCUGGCCCAAUGGCUUAUGCCCGAGCCUUUCUUGAAGAGACUAAUGCAAAGAAAUACCCUGAUAACCAAGUAAAGCUAUUGAAGGAAAUAUUCAGGCAAUUUGCAGAUGCAUGUGGGCAGGCUCUUGAUGUAAAUGAGCGUCUCAUCAAGGAGGACCAGCUGGAGUACCAGGAAGAACUGAGGUCCCAUUAUAAGGACAUGCUCAGUGAACUGUCCACCAUCAUGAACGAGCAGCUCUGUCGAGGUCCGUGUCUCUACAGCUUCUGCUCCUCUGUGUCUAGCAUUUCCCUCAGCACUGUGAGCAAAAGUGAUUACGGGCAGGGACGACCCAGCAAAGCGCGGAGUGGAGCGAACCUACACACGUGUAACUAGCAAGGUGACCCCAGCCAUACCUACGGUCUCCAUCUCACCCAGUGCUGAAGUUUGAGAGGAACCCUGGGGCAUCAGACGCACCUCUCAGAGAACUCUGAAUUUUUGCAGCUAAUCUCGGGGAAGAAAAAGAUAGAUUUAAUUUAUUUGAAGUUUUUACAGUGUUAAUAUUUUUGUUUACCUCGCUAGCUUGAGAAUUUUGCCAGCCUCUGAAUUUGCACAUUUCCUAUGAUUCCUUUGUUUCCUUUGAGUGGUAUUGAUCAAACCACACUGAACAUUUGUCCUGAAAUUCCAAUGAAUGUGCAGCUUAAAAGCAAACUGAGUUUGCUCUUGGGUAUAAUGUGUUCAAUUCCAGGUCCUAGUACACGUAUUUUAAAGGUCAAAGUGAAUGUUUUUGUAACAUUUAAGCAUAUUUCAGAUGUAAAUAGAAAAUUGUAAAAUAUAUGGUUUUUAUCAAAUUUCAAAGAAUGUUUUUAGUUAAGACUUAUGAAAGUACUAAAAUUAUAUGAGUAACAUUUCAGAUAAUGUUAUAUUAAAAUAUUUGUGUAUGUGUAAAAAAGUGUUGAUAAAUACUAACCUUUAAAGUUUGUGAAGUUCUUUUAUUUGUAAUAUAUGUGCUUUUAAAAGCAAUGGUAUGUGAAAUUAUAAAAGUAUUUUGCUGUUGUUAAUAUAAAUAAAAAUACCAUUACUUUGCACUUGA